AUGAAUCAAAGUUACGGCGCCUCUACUUGUGAUCCGUGUCGGGUAUUCUUCCGUAGAAAUGCCACCAAAACUAAGGCAUUGGUUUGUCGUUUCGACGACAUUGAAUCCACUUCUUGUCGGGACUCAACUCUCAAGUCAAAGGGGGAUUUGAUGUGUUUGUAUGGAAACGAUGGCAGUGAUAACAUUGGCAUCAAACAGAUCUCAGUCGCCUUACGGGGAGUUAUAUUUGGUUUAAAUGAUAUGGAAAGGUGUCGAUUGACACAAGUGUUUAAAUCAACCGCUUUUAUAAAAGACCCGGUCGUGAGCCCAACGUCUGAAGUCAAUACAAUAGCCGAAGCGUUAAGAGUGUUACGAAUGAGAACUGAAAUACAUUGUCGGCGUAUAAUUAAAAUGUGUAAAACUAUCGAUGAAUUCACAGAAUUGUGCGAAAACGACAGAAUAAUUCUUUUGAAGACCUGCUGUCCAGAGAUUAUAUGUCUCUCAAGUGUCCUAACGUUUGAUUUUGUGGGCAAAUUCUGGACCGUCUAUAUUGACUCAAAAUCUGUGGCCAGUUUAAGCGUAGAUACUUUAAAGUGGGGCACCAUGAGCAAUUUUGAUCGGCAAAGAAUUAUGAAUUUUAUGUACAAACUUAACCAAGAGUAUAAUGGCGAUACAAAUCUAAUGGAUUUGUUAACAGCUAUUGUCUUAUUUAAUCCAAAUCGUCAUAAUUUAAGACAAAGAGAUAUAAUAAAAGUUAAAACACAACUCAAAAACAGAGGCAGAGAUACGGUUCACGGCAUUAAUGAAUUGUCUGCAAGACUUUGCCACAAUAUGUGA